AUCAAUUUCGUCAAAGCAAUCCCGUUACGAGCAACAUUUUUUGCAACCUCUCACAGUCUUUGCGUCGAAGACCAUACUACUGGAUACUUCUCAAACCAACGAUUUCUUUUGCCUUUCCUCAUUUUAUCUCUUGGCGAACUUCUGCCUCUAGCUAGAGCCAGAACCAUACUUUUGUCGUUUUUGUUUCUUGCUUUCUCCGAAGUUGCUCCCUCCGACCUCCACCCCAUCAUCGAGCAAGCAACUCGAAUCUUCAACCAUGCCUCAUCUAGUAGCUGUUGACGAUCCUCGUCUCCAUAAACACCAUCCUCACAAACAUCCUCACGAACAUCCCCUUCCUCCUCCUUCUCCUCGUCAUCAUCAUCGUCACAACCACCACCAAACUCCCCCAAGGUACGAGAAAAACCAUGCUGCAGGAGACUCCAAAAAGGGCGCGGAACCCAUCAAGAAAACCAAGUCGCCCAAGUUGCCCAAGAAGCCCAUCGCAAAGAAAAACACUCACCCGGGUAUGCUUUGCGCAAUGCCUGCCUUGAUGGGGUUCAACUUUUGUUGCUGUGAUGCUUGCUCCCUGGUACCGGUACCAAACGCGGUCAAAGUCGAUGACGCUUCAGAGCAGUCAACCAUUAGUGACAACGAGAAUCCAGAAAAGGAUUCCGGUAUCGGUGCCGGUGCCGGUGGAAACCCCGUUCCUGUGAAGGAGAAAGGUCCGGCUGCGGAUACGUGGGAGAAGUUCUUUACGGAUAUCAACGAUAAUCUUUGCGGAAAGGGUCUCAUGGGGGGACUCCCUCCUCCCACCAUUGACAUUGCCACGCCACUUUCGAAUGGAACCGCUUCAGCAUCCAUGCAAACAUUCGAAAACUUGCACCAAGGAGCGGACAAGGAAGAGCUGUUGGCAAGUCGGUCGUUGCUCGAUGACGUCGAGGAGUCCUUGCAAGCUGCCGUUGAUCAGGGUGAAAAAGAGGAAGAACAAGAAGUGCCAGAAGCGCUUGAAAUGGAACCUCAAGAACACGAAACAGUCGUUAAUGAGACGAUUGUCAUUUAUUACUCCGAUUCUGGAUCACGCAAUGCUCGAGUCGACGCCGACGAGGCUGAAACCAUUUUCGUGGACGAAGAAGCAGAGGAUGCCGACGAUGAGGAACCUAUCGUGAAGGUCGUCUUGGAUCCAGUAGCGCCGUCGUCGACAGCAGAGAGUAAAGAUGAAGCGGCCUUGGCAAACGAAGAUGGUUACAGGUCCCCCUGCUUGUCCACUGUGGAAGGCGGAGAUAGCAUCGAUGCUCGUGGCGUCCCAGUCAGCCCGGUGCGCUUUCACAAUCUUGCCACAGGAAGCUUCUGCGACGUUCCUCCCAGCCAAAACGAUGCGAGCAGCAAGGCAGAUCCUGUACCAAGCACCUCCGAGGAGGGAAAAAAUACAGUCCCCGAGGCCCAGACGGCGGAUAUGGAAACUCCAACAGAGGAUGAGGUUCUGCCUACCAAUGAAGAAACAGAAGGCCCAGCAGAAGAAUUUGAGCCGGACACACCCAACCCGAUACGCUUUCAAAAUCUUGCCACAGGAAGCUUCGACGUGGUUCCUCCCAGCCAAACUGAUGCGAGUAGCAAGGCAGAUCCCGUAACAAGCACCUCUGAGCCAACCCCAGCUAAAGAUUUGGAGCCGACAACGCCCACGGAGAAGGACGCCGAGCCUGAGGAACCGGUCGCGCUGGUUGAUCCAUCUUCAGAGGAGGCAGCGGAUACCUUCUAUACUCCAGCUGAGGAACCCGAACCUGACGUUGAAUCUGAACCUGAACCUGAAGUUGAAUCUGAAUCGGAACCUGAGCCUGUGAUAGAGCCUGAAGCAGAACCAGAAACCCAAACGACUGAUUUCGAAGAAUCAGAUGACGAGCUUGAAAAACAAAUCGAGCAAGUUGGUUCUAUCGCGAAACCAGCAAAGGAGCUUGGGCCUGAAACACCCACUGAUGAGUUUGAGGAAGCCGUCGAAACUGAGAUUAUUGCAUCUGAGGCACCGUUGACAGAAGAGAUGGAGGAGGAUGCCGACGUCGAUAUUGCUGCACCUGAAGCUAAAAAGGUCGAGCAUUUCCAGAGGAUGGAAGAGGUAGUUGAUUCCCCGACAGAGACGGAAGUCAUCGAGACGUCUAUUUCCCAGGGAGACAGCACAUCACCCGAUCCGGAAGCCGAAGAGAAAAAGGAGACCGAGGAGGAGGAAAUCGAAGUUGAUGUGCUUGCUGUUGGCAGCAUCGACGACGACGACGACUAUUCUGUAGAAGAGCAGGUCGAGAGUGAGCCCGAGGAAAUCAUCAAAGCGGACAAGCUGGUUGCGCUGAAAUGUUGUGUCGAGCGAACUAGCACGGAUGCACCACACGAAGACCCCCAAGCAAAACCAGAAGGGGGCAUGAAAAUUGUGUCGCUCUUGUCUGGCGGGUUCUGAUGAGGUGGUGUGAGCUGCAUCGAACACGGGUGCCCUGCCUAUACCGCUACUACCCAUUGAGGGUGCACAGACUCGACUCGUUGCGCUUUGCCAUGUGGCUGGCUUGUUUGCAUGCUGGAUCCUGUAGAAUAGUUUGAGUAUUGAGUGUUGAAGUACUAGCUACUACCAUUGUAUUGAAUGUGGAAAAAAGGACUCCCUCAUUGCCUCCUCUGUUUUUGUAAGGGACAAUCAGGGGAGUUGGCUUGGCUCUUUCGGGUACGGUAAGGAUAGUGGCAAAAACUCCAUUACUGUAGCUUACCAGUACCGUACUGUACUGUACUGUACGGUACGGCGGUACACUGUAGUACUGGUAGCCAGAAACCAUGGGUGGCGUUUGGGACCAUGCAGCUUCCGAGUCCAGAUUUUUCCCAGCUACUAGCUAGCUAGGUAGUCUAGGAAAAUGUGAGGGAGCUCAUGUGUGUACCGUACGCAUGAGAGAAAAUGUUUGUCUUCGUAAUUGAGGAUGAGAUAAAAAAAUUUCGUUAGGUUAAUUAGACAUGGGUUCAUGAAUGGA